AUGGAGCUCACCAUGGAGAACCUUCACAGCGUCUCAUCGCACUCCCAGGCGGGGGACCUCAUGAACUCUCCACACGCACGGCCGUCCGCGUCCCCCAGCUCCACUCCCCGGAAUUUGAUCUCGCACAAUCCCGGCGCGCGGUCAGCCAUGGUGUCCGGCAUGGCCUCGCUCCUGGAGGGAUCCGCCGGGGACUACCGCGCCGACCCGUCUGCAUUGUCGGGACACCUGCACCCGUCCAUCACCAUGUGUGAGACCGGGAUGAGCCUUAGCAACACCUACACCACUCUGACCCCACUGCAGCAUCUACCUCCGAUAUCCACCGUCUCGGAUAAGUUUCACCACCCGCACUCCCACCACCACCCCGCAGCACAUCAGCGGCUCUCAGCCGGAAACGUCAGCGGCAGCUUCACGUUAAUGCGGGACGACCACCGAGGGCUCGCCUCCAUGGGUAACCUGUACAGUCAUUACCCCAAAGAGAUGUCCGUGUCCAGCAUGGGCCACGGCUCGCUUUCCCCACUGUCCAGCGGUCUGGGCUCUUUGCACAACUCCCAGCAGCCGCUCUCAGCCUAUGGUCCGAGUGCGCACCUCUCCACCGACGCCAAGAUGAUCUCGCCGGUGACAGGAUUCGAGUCUCACCCCUCCAUGCUUUCGCGCAGCGACCAAGAGCACCUGGCAAGAAGUUUAGGCGGCCACGGACACGGUAUGAUCUCCAACCUCAACGGCAUGCACCACCACCCACACAGUCAUCUCCACUCCCAGGCCAACGGCGGGGUGAUGCUGGGGGACCGGGAGAGGCACGGCCACGCAGGCGGCCAGGGAGUAGCAGGGUCGGGCAUCCAGGCGGAGGAAAUCAACACAAAGGAGGUGGCUCAGAGGAUAACGGCCGAGUUAAAGCGCUACUCCAUCCCACAGGCCAUAUUCGCCCAGAGGAUCUUGAGCCGGUCGCAGGGAACGCUCUCGGACCUGCUACGGAACCCCAAACCCUGGAGUAAGCUCAAAUCAGGUCGCGAGACCUUCAGGAGGAUGUGGAAGUGGCUGCAGGAGCCCGAGUUCCAGCGGAUGUCUGCUCUCCGGUUGGCCGCAUGUAAACGCAAGGAGGAGGACCGAGGAAGAGAGCGGAGCCAGGUGCCAAAGAAGCAGCGACUGGUCUUCACCGACCUGCAGCGUCGCACCCUGGUAGCGAUCUUCAGAGAGAACCGCCGGCCCUCCAAGGAGAUGCAGGUCACCAUCUCCCAGCAGCUCGGCCUGGAGCUCUCCACCGUCUCCAACUUCUUCAUGAACUCACGCCGCCGCUGCCCGGACCGCUGGGACGCCGAGGAGCACACCCACGCGGUGCACGGCCACGGACACGUGCACACGCCUCACGGCAGCAGCAACAACAGCGACGCCUCGCCGAUCCAGCCCGGCACCUCCUCUGCCACCACGUUCUCCAAGGCCUGACACAGCGCUCAGGACGCACGCGUGGAGGAUGAUGAUGAUGAUGAGGAGGGCGAGGGCGGUGGGCUCAGAACCCGCACGAGCUACUUCUGGUCACGCAUCUAAUUCAUCUGCUCAAAGCUGACUUGUGCAGAUGAAUCAGAUCUCCUUAGGGCUCCACGUGUUCUUAGACCUAAUCUGAAUGUCACAUGUUUCACAUUUGGCUCUUCAAACCAAAGAUCCAGUAGGUUUAGGAGGAAUCUACCUGAAAACCAAAGAUCUGUCCGUCACACUGUAGAAAGGGAGAGUCAGGCUUCAGGAACCUCCGCUUUGCCUGUUGUCAGUGUUUAAACACAGCAAACAAUCACUCACGACAGGGAACCGAUAGCUUUAACAAAUCAGACAGAUGUUUCGACCACUCCUCAUUCCCGAAGCAGGCAUCUUGAAAGAUGCGUUUGAGUGUCGGGCGUCUGCGUAAUAGGCCCUUUGACCCGCUAACUACAUCCCACCACACGCUGCGCGUACGCGUGGCUCCUCUGCAGUGACGCGACCCUCUCCGGGUAACAGCGCCACCUGCCGUCAAUGUAAAACACAGCCGCAGGUGGUUCUGGCACGUUAGCGCAGUGAGCUGGUGUCGCCUGUGAUGUGGAUGUUUGUUAGGACGCAGACACCAGCAGAUGCUCAGUAUGUCGGCGUCCAUUCACCCUUUGAUACACAUUUGAAUGUCCGCUUCUUAAGGCUCGAGAGGUUAAUUUCAGGUUACAAAAGGAGAACAAUCAAACGGGGACGGGCGCAGGGAGCGUCGUCCUCGAGGGUAGGGAGCGAGCGAGGGGGGGGGGGGUGCGGCCUGCUCUGUUC